AUGGCUCCCCCUACACAGCAGGCCGGGCAAAAGCGUAAGCUAGGCUUCAACAAGCCUUUGCCGCCGUCAGAUUCACGCAAGAGACAGAAAUAUUAUGAUGCGCGUAUGAUCUCAGUGCAGCGGUCCGAUGCCGCUCUUUCUGCGACAGGGGAACUCAAUAUCCCGUCCUUCAUAAAGGCGAGAGAGUUCGAAAUCGCGGCCCUAGAGAAGAGCAUGCGAAAUGCAAGGAAGUCACUGAGUACACGAGCAUUUCAACAAAUCCCGAGGCACAUGCGAAGGAGGACUGCCAGCCAUAACGCGAAAAAGGUACCUCGACGAUUGCGAAAGAGGGCCGAACUGACCAAGCGAACGCGCACUCCCUCUCGAAAGUUGAGAAUUAGACUUGACAAUGCUCGAAGUCUAAAGAGACUGAAUCACAAGCGCAAGACAGUCCGGCAGAAGAAGAAGGAAGCGAAAGCCAAUGCUCGGCAUCCAGACCCUGACAAGCAUGUGCUACUCUCACGUUUACCUCGCCUGAAGAAGAACACACUGUCCGAGUUUCCAAAAGCCACGACGAAGUACAAGAAACGGCAGGUCAACAAGACAUGGCUACCGACUCAUCUCUGGCACACAAAGCGUGCUCACAUGACCCGGCCAACCGAACCAUUAUGGAGAAUGGCCAUCCCGUUGAGCCCGACAGAGAAGAGUUACAGACCAAGUCAUCAAGCAGCUGGCGCGCACGGAUGCAUAGCCUGGGAUACGAGCUACAUGUCUACGGUCGCUUGCUGGGGAACCGAAACCGCCUUGGACAGCAUGCUCAAAGCGCUAAGCUUUUCUCCGCAGGGAGUUUCGCAGUCCUUGCAGAAGAAGUGGAAGAACGGCACAAGGUUUGCUUGCGGCUGGGUUUCCGAACGGGAUCAAGCAAAGCAGCUCAUCGCACCAGCGAAGGUAAUCUGGUUUCUACCGGAGCAAAAUCGGGAGGAAAGGCCAGAAUCUGCAAAACGGGAUAAUCUGGUGGGCCUUGGAAACGACGCCCAGGCCCAGCCUGGUCUCGCAAGAGGUCGGAUGGAAAUAGAGCAGAAUGGCCAAGGUCAGCCUGUUGGGAGCGAGGUGCAAGGCGAAACUAUCAGACAGAGCAAGAAGAAGCGUAAGGCCAAACUCGAUCACCGGAUCGUAAUACGGGUCCACCCUUCUGCUUUCCUUCAGGUCUGGCAACAACUCCUCAAGGUCGCGAAGAUGCAGAAGCCGCAAGUCCUGAUUGAAGAUCUUCGCUUCGAGUUCGGAAGCAUUGAUAUUCAGGGGCCCGGCUCGACUGAAGCGUUACUUGGUGUGCUGCGUCCUUUCCCAGCACACCUGGGGACAGCAAACUCGACCGGAUCACUGUGGACGCAUCUUGCUGGCGUCAAUAACCCCAGUAUUCUUCCCCAAAACGCUAUGCUUUCUUUUGAUAUCGUCGAUCCGAGGCUCAACCAUCCACCGAAGCAGAUCGAGAUCCAGCAAAACUCCGGGUCCAAUCAUCUUGACGAACUUGUUGUAUCGUGGCCAUAUGAUAAGACAGUUCCAUCACCGUCACUGAUCUCACACAAGACGCGCUGGCUGAUAAGCAAUUCCUUACCAUCACAGAAGGCGAUCAACCGUCGACGAGCGCUAGCACCACCAGGGCGAGCACCGACAGCCACUGCCAAAGAUCCCAGGAUACCAGUCAUCCUACUUGCUUCGCGGGCGGAGAACAGCACUAACAAGAACCAGCAAGGCACAUGGACUGUCCUUCUCCCCUGGAGCUGCGUCGAUCCCGUCUGGCGGUCUCUGAUGUACUACCCUCUCUCCUCCGGCGGCACUCCGCGAUUCGGGGGCAUGAAUCAGCAACGACAGAUGUCCUUUGAGCGAAAGACUCCAUGGUUUCCCGAGAAUCACCCAGGCACCGAGGCGGGCAAAGCAUGGGAACGGACUGAAAGCGAAAAGCGAUUCGAUGCGUGGUUUCGACGACCUCCGAAACAUCGGAUUGCGUGGGAUAUGCUCGAUCUUGGACUCGGCCGGCGUGGCGAGCUUGGGCGUGGUUGGGCUUGUGAUUGGGAAUAUCUCUUCAGUGACACUGACGAGGCCAACCAUGCUAAACCUUCUUCCACCUCCGAGCAUGACAAUGGUGUCUCUGAGACGCACGGUCCAUCACAACUUCUGACACAGCGACAAAGAAAACUUGCCAAGGCUAAAGAAGCUGAGGCAGAAAAGCGCGCUCGCCGACGCAACACUUCCAGUCCAGAGAGCGAGGCAGAGCACGAAAAUCCGUCGAAUCCGAUGCCUGGGUGCAGAUACACACAACUUCCGCCCGUCCAGAGCACUGCGAUACUGAGGAACCCGCCAGUUACGAUGGCAACACAACUUCCAACAGUGAUGACUGUCCGGAUUAUGCUGCGUGACAAAGGUACUCCAUCCCCGGCAGCACGCAUUUAUCGACUGCCAUCCAUUCCAAGACCAAAGGCAAUUGCUCUGCCAUGUUUGCCAGGCACAAAUGGGGAAGUCUCACAGGACUCGGAGCCGCAAAGCUGGCCCUCUGAUGGUCCGCCCCCAGCGCAACCUCUUCCGACUACAUGCUCCUCAGACUCAUCGAGCUCCUCAAGCCAAGUAAUUCGAGCUCGUGACCUCCGCUCGCGAUGGCUCGCCCUGGAAGCGCGAUCGUUAUCGAGUAAUAGACCACUAGCGAAGAUGAAAAACAACAGAUCCAACAUUCCCCGCCAUCAUGCCACUUACCCACGUGAAUCCCUCGCAAAGAUCAAUGUUUUGCCCAAGAACGCACCCCCGGAGAUCGUCGAGAAGUGGGGUCCUGAUAGCGCCUUCGGCCGAGGCGAUGGUGAGAUCCCGAAGCAGGUGCCUCCGCCACCGAAGCAGAAGAUGGGCAGACACAAACAAGAUAACAAGAAGGAGAUUAGCGCGGCCGCGCGGAAGGCGAACGUCUCAGAGUCGGGAAAUGGCAGGGAUGAAGGAAAUCCGCUGGACAGGCCUGCUCCUGGCAUAGACGGAUUGGAGGAAUUACUGAUUAAGCCCUUCGAGCAGCCAACCGAGUGGGAUAAACAUCCUCCUUGCCCAGAUGUUCAUGAUCUGAUUGGGUUUGUCACCAGUGGUGGGUAUAAUCUGGCUGAAGGCCGUGGCAUGGCCAUCGGUGGUAUCUGGGUACAACGACUUCUGGAAGGCUGGCGAUGGGAAAACAUGCCGGAUGAUAGCGUGAAUGAGAGCGGGAAGGAUAAGGAGCGAAGGAAAUAUCUGUGCAUUGUCAGGAAUGCCGGCGAAAGUGUGGGCCGGUUGGGCAUCUGGGAGGCUUGCAGCUGA